CACUUAUAUAUAGCGGUGUCGGAUGAGAUGGAGGCGCACCACACUCAUUCUCCCACAAGACAAACAUAGCCUUCUCUCUUCCUGUACCCACUCGCCAUUACACAGUGCGUCCUCCUCCAUCCGUAUUGCACUCCCCCUAGCUAUAGCUAUAUUACUCACCUUCUCUCUUUAAGCCUGUCUAGUAGGAGUAGCUCGUUAGCUACAUAUAGGACGUAUAGCUAAGGUUUGGUUAGCUUGGUUAAUUGUUAGCUGGUGCGAUCGAUGGCCGGCACGGCGGAGUCGCCGGCGAGCUCGUGCGUGUCGUCGGACGCGGAGGAGGAGGCGGCGGUGGCGAAGCCGAUGGUGGUGGCCGGGUGCCCGCAGUGCCUCAUGUACGUGAUGCUCUCGGAGGAGGAGCAGCAGCCCAAGUGCCCACGGUGCAAGAGCCCCGUGUUGCUGCACUUCCUCCACGGCGCCGCCGCCGGCGCCGGCGCCGCCGCCAGCAGCAAGCCGCCCUCCAAGACCUAGCUCCUCCAUAUCCGGUUCUCAAUCUCUCCCAGAUGGUCGGCCGCCGUCCGUCGUCUUAAUUCUAACGCAUCCAUGUAUUAUGUUUAAUUUUUCUCUCUCGAUCGCUAGCUAGCUGUAGUUCCCUUUUUCUAGUAGUAGCUGUUAUGUUUUUUUCUGUCAUUCGAUCUGUGUGUCUUUAGUUAAUCUGCACCUCCUCUGUAGCUUGGUCGAUCGAUCAGGUUAAUUUUGUCAAAUUAGCACUAUUAGCUAGCUAGUAGCUAGACCAGAGGAUCAAGCAUGCAUCAUCCCUUCCCAAAUGAUCUCCUACUCCGUGGUGCAGUUGCAUGCUUUAACCAUCCUAUUAAUGAAUCUGCCAUCAUUCUCAAUUGUUUUGCUUGUUACAGUAUUAGUUAGUUGCAUAUGCAUGUGUUCUUAACGAUCGAGCGAUCGAUAUGAUCCAUUUCCA